AUGGAUUUGAUGGAACUAUCUCAUCUCCGGCCACUGUUGCCGCGUGAAAGCGGCGAACCCCCACCAAGUCGACUAGUGCCUAUUCUACCCAAAAGAUCUGCGGUAUCUACAGCUUGUGAAUAUUGCAGGCAGCGAAAAUCCAGAUGCGAUGGUGCAAGGCCGCACUGCACUCCCUGCGCCGCCAAUGGACGAGAGUGCAUCUAUAGCACAGGCCCGUCCGAAUCGAGGCAAACGGCUCGGAGAAGAAUUCACGAAGAGCUUGAGCGAAAGGCCAGGGACCUUGAGAAGUCCCGAGAUGCGCUCCGCAUUCUGGUCGAAGCUCUGCAGGUCAAAGACGAAAGCGAGGCGUUGGCAAUAUUCCGGCGCCUGAGAGAAGGCACUGCCGCCGACGUCCUUGUACGCCACAUUCAAGACGGUGAUCUGCUGAUACAAACCCACGCAAUACCUGGAGCGAGGCUGCGGUUUGAAUUUCCAUAUCGGAAACAGAUGCCGCAGUCACUUUUGAAGGCUAAUAAUCCCUUCGUGACGUCGAUGCUAUACGAAACUGCAUUUACUACGCCCACUAGUGUACGGAUGUCACUAGACAAGCCCAGUCACAGUCCGGAUAUGUACGCCUCUCACAGCUCGCCCUACACGCAGCCGUACGGAUUGGCCUCAAUUGUCGACGCACGCCUCGAUAAGGCGAUACCAUCCCGCUGGACGGUUGUUCUCGCUGACGACGUUUUUUUGAGGAUGCUUCUGAAGCUCUAUUUUCAAUACGAGCAUCAAUUUCUCAGCUUCUUUCAUAAAGACCUAUUCCUUGACGAUAUGCUGUCAGGAUCGACGACAUUCUGCUCCGAGCUGUUGGUGAAUGCCGUGCUAGCACUGGCUUGUAACUGCUGCCGUACGAUGAAGGGACGUUACGAAUUCUGGAACCCCGAAAUGCUUGGCUACAAAUUUUUCGCCGAAGCUAAGAGGGCUUGGGAUGUUGAGAUACACAAUGACGGCCGCAUCACUACUGUUCAGGCAGCGAUGGUUCUCUGUGCGAUCCACAAUCUCUACGCGAUGGACAAAGUUGGCAUCAGCUUUGGCAACGGAGCUGUGAAGCUGGCUCAUGAGCUCAACGCCUUUGCUUCUCAUGCUGACAUGACUUGCAUCACCGAUGUGGAAAGACACGCAUACACAUAUACAGCGUGGAGCAUGUAUUUCUGGUUCAGCGUGAAGUGCCAUUUGCUUUGCAUCCAGCCGUUGGUGAAAACUCCACCCGCAAGUCCGCUGCCUGACCCUGUUGAGAACCACGAGUGGUACAGCGAGACUUGGAUUCAAUACCCGUUCCAUGACACGUUGUAUUCUUUGAAUCAUCCUGUGUUUUUUAAGGCCAAGUGUGAUCUAAGUAUCAUACUUAAUCAGCUAACCUUCAGCAUCUUCAACGAGGCUGGUCGCAGCAAGCCGCUACCUCCCAAAGAACUCAAAGACUUCUUGGAGAGGCUUGGAACUUGGCAUUUUUUCCUACCCCAGUCGUUAGCCCCAGAAAACAUUAUCUUCCCAUUUGAGCUGAACUUGCAUCUCACAUACUACGCUGCUAUACUGAGCCUUGGCGACUUCACCUCACCCGAUAGUCUAGUACAUGCACUCUGCCACACUGCUCCUCGGCGCUGGCAUACUUGCAAGCUGCCGCAAGCUUCCCGCCAGCAGCUCAAGGGCGUCUACGAGAACCCGUUGCGCCGCAUCAACGACGAUGACGCCUACGGCAUGGAUGUUGAGCUCGGAACGCCGCCGCAGAAAGUCACUCUCCUGGUCGAUACCGGAAGCAACACGCAUUCUAUCGAGUCUCGCUACGACGUCUACUGCCAGGAGGGCGUGUGCAAGAGCACCGGCAUAUUUGACAACAAGACGUCCAGCAUGUCCAAACUCGUCGAUAUCGGUUUCAAUAAUGUCAUUUAG